AACCAGUUCACAAAUAUCCGGUGCAUGCUCAACAUUUGGGGAGUCAUUCUAUACUUGCGGUUGCCGUGGAUCACUGGUCAAGCAGGAAUCGGACUGACCUGGAUCAUCGUGCUACUGUCCUCCAGCAUCACCGGGAUAACAGGCUUAUCAACGUCGGCCAUCGCUACCAACGGGAAAGUAAAAGGAGGAGGAACGUAUUUUUUGAUCUCGCGGAGUCUGGGGCCGGAGCUGGGGGGCUCGAUUGGUCUCAUUUUUGCCUUUGCCAAUGCAGUGGCUGUGGCAAUGCACACGGUGGGCUUUGCGGAGACCGUGCGGGAUCUCUUGAGGGAAUAUGAUUCCACAAUGGUAGACCCCACUAACGACAUCAGGAUUAUUGGAGUGAUCACGGUGACCAUUCUGCUUGGAAUUUCAUUGGCCGGUAUGGAAUGGGAGGCUAAGGCCCAGGUUCUGUUCUUCUUCGUGAUCAUGAUUUCUUUUAUAAACUACAUUGUGGGGACGAUCAUCCCCGCCACCCCGGAAAAGCAGUCCAAGGGCUUCUUCAGCUACAAGGCUGCAAUUUUUUCAGAAAACUUUGUGCCAGAUUGGAGAGGUCCCGACGGAAGUUUCUUUGGUAUGUUUUCCAUAUUCUUCCCCUCGGCCACCGGAAUCCUGGCGGGAGCCAACAUCUCAGGAGAUUUGAAGGACCCUGCGGUAGCGAUCCCCAGAGGGACAAUGCUGGCUAUUUUCUGGACGACAAUGUCAUACCUUAUCAUUUCUGCUACCAUUGGCUCCUGUGUGCUCAGGGAUGCCUCUGGGAAUAUAAAUGACACCAUUGAGAUGCCCUCUAUUGGCUGCGAGGGACUUGACUGCAGUUAUGGAUGGAAUUUCACCGAAUGUGCGAAGAAUCAUAACUGCCAGCACGGUCUACUCAACUACUAUCAGACCAUGAGCAUGGUGUCUGGGUUUGCCCCUCUGAUCACAGCUGGCAUCUUUGGGGCGACCCUCUCCUCUGCGCUGGCCUGCCUCGUAUCAGCACCCAAGGUCUUCCAGUGCCUUUGCAAAGAUAACCUUUACCCUUUGAUCGGAUUCUUCGGAAAAGGUUAUGGAAAGAACGAUGAACCAAUCAGGGGAUACCUGCUGACCUACUUCAUCGCUGUCGGCUUCAUUCUGAUCGCUGAACUGAACACUAUUGCUCCCAUCAUCUCCAAUUUCUUCCUGUGCUCGUACGCUCUUAUCAACUUCAGCUGCUUCCACGCUUCCAUCACAAACUCCCCAGGCUGGAGGCCAUCGUUUAAAUACUACAGCAAGUGGGCCUCGCUGCUGGGAGCCAUCAUCUCCGUGGUGAUCAUGUUCCUGCUCACCUGGUGGGCCGCUCUGAUCGCCAUCGGGAUCGUCAUCUUUCUGCUGGGUUACGUGCUCUACACGAGACCAGCUAUCAACUGGGGCUCUUCAGUGCAGGCGAGUUCUUAUAACAGGGCCUUGUCCUGCUCUGUUGGCCUAAAUGAGGUGGAUGACCAUAUUAAAAACUACAGGCCGCAGUGCUUGGUCCUCACUGGAGCUCCUGGUUUCCGCCCGGCCAUGGUGGACCUUGUUGGGACCUUCACUAAAAACCUGAGCCUCAUGGCAUGUGGGAACGUGAUCAUUGGUCCUCGUAAGCAGAAGAUUUCGGAGCUGAGCCGUGCAGAUAGCCAUGUGAUGUGGCUCAACAAGAGGAAGAGCAAGUCCUUCUACACCGGCAUCGUCGCAGACGACUUACGCAGCGGAGUUCAAAUCCUCAUGCAGGCUUCAGGUCUCGGAAGAAUGAAACCUAACGUUCUGGUAAUGGGGUUUAAAAACAACUGGAAAUCAGAUAACCCCAGCAACAUGGAAAACUACAUCGGCAUUAUCCACGAUGCCUUUGACUUCAAUUAUGGAAUUUGUAUAUUGCGCAUGAAAGAAGGGCUGGACAUAUCUCGAACGAUGCAAGCGCAUGUUAACCCCGGCUUUGAGGCUGCUGAUGACAAUCAUGUUAAUGGAUCUGUAGCAGCUUACACUGUCAACGGAACCUUGGAUCCAGAGGCCUUAGUUGCCGAGCAGCAAACCACCACUGUGUUCCAGUCUCAGCAGGGCAAGAAGACAAUUGAUAUCUACUGGCUGUUCGACGAUGGAGGUCUGACUCUCCUCAUUCCCUACCUGCUGACGCGCAAGAAGCGCUGGAGGAACUGCAAGGUGCGAGUGUUCGUGGCAGGCCAGCUCAACAGAAUGGACGAGGAGCGGAAAGCGUUUAUAGCGCUCCUGAGUAAAUUUCGCCUUGGAUUCAACGAUGUUCAGGUGCUUCCAGACAUCAAUCAAAGACCACAACCUGAGAAUGUGAAGAGGUUUGAUGACUUGCUGAGUCCUUACAAGCUGAAUGGCGACUUCAAAGAUGAAGCCAAAAUCAACGAAUUAAAAAAAGAUUUCCCUUGGAAAAUAUCAGAUGAAGAGAUCCAGAAAAACAUGCCAAAGUCGCUUCGACAAGUCAGACUGAACGAAAUCUUGCUUGAUUACUCGCGCGACGCCGCCCUUAUCGUCAUGACCAUGCCCAUCGGCAGGAGGGGUGAGUGCCCCAGCUCACUCUACAUGGCCUGGCUGGAGACCCUGUCCCAGAAUCUGAGACCCCCGGUUAUGCUGAUCCGAGGAAACCAAGAGAGCGUCCUCACCUUCUACUGCCAGUAACACGGAGAGUCACACUGCAACACUCCUUCAACCUACUUGCACAGACCCUCAUUUGUUUUUGUAUACAACUAAGUCGCCCUGAGUAAGGUUGUCUGGUAAUGAAUUAAUAAUAAUAAUAAUAACAACAAUAAUAAUUUGCACUUCUGUGUCUCUUCACAUAUUAUCAUGCCUCAGUUAUGCAUUCUAGUGGCUAAUGCAGCAGCUUGCAAAGGGAAGCAGCCCAGUGGACUUUGAUGUUACACAACAACAGCUAUUUGCUGCAUUGUCAGCAGUGUUGAAUGAGGGGAAAGGGUACAGAAGAGGUCAG